AUGGGCCCUUACAUUCUUGAAGCCUACAGCAUAAUUAUAAACGAACUGACUUCAAGUAAAACGGCAGCCACAGUCACAGUUGCAGUUGCAGAUACAACCAAAGGCUCAUCUACAGCACAACUGACAACAGCAGCAACUAUUCAGCCCAGUGACAAACUCUUUGGACUUGAAUUCACCAUCAUCAACCGAAACUUCACAGAAGAUCUGAACAAUCCAUACUCUGCAGAUUAUCAAAUGAUGGUUACUAAUAUCACAUCACAGCUGAGUAAUAUAUACAGAGGAAGCUCCUUGGGCAGCAGCUUCAGAUACUGCCAAGUGACAGGCUUAAGGCUAGGCUCAGUGAAAGUGAGCUGCAACUGUUUCUUUGCAUCAAAAGACUCUGUCACCUCUUCAGCUGUUCAAACAGUUUUUUCACUUGGGACCAAUGGGACACAGCUGCUGGGUGGAAUUUACAAGAUAAAUCCAAUAAGCCUACAAGUGCAAGAUAAAGAAACGCCUGCUACUGCCUCCAGGCUGCCUCAGUGGGCCAUCUUCACAAUCAUCGUUUCUACACUCUUUGUUUCUGUGUUGUUGAUGUGUUCUCUUUUUGUGAUCUGUAAGAACAGGAGGCACGCACGAAGAAACUCUUACAAUAUGAAGGCACCUCCUCAUAAACUGUUAUACACUCACCUAAGUUAAGAAUGGUGAAGGGAACCUACAAAGAGAAAAACCACUUUGAUUCUGCCCAAUGAAUUAAAAGAAGUUUAAAAAUGAUUACA